GAGACCAGCAAAGGAUUUCCGUCAUUCAGUCACGUCGGGUCAUGCAACAGCGCUUCUUUGGCAGCAGACUAGACAGAACGAAUGCGCAGACGUUUCAACUCAUCGGAAAAGCGUAAAAUUAUCAAGGUGGACUUUUGACUCGUAGUUGGCACGAUCAACUGGCAACUGCAUCGUACUUGGCUUUCGUACAAAUCGUCCUCGAGAACCACUCGUCAACAUCACAGUACCGUCCGGCAAUAUAACAUCAAACUUUCACCGCAGAAGCGUCUAAACACAUCUUAAAGGUCGCAGCUAUCCUUAAUCCAAAUCGCCCUCAGUGCUGGCUAAGGAGAUAUUUUGUCCCAGUCAUCAAUCUACGUGACCCAAAGAACUGUUAUCAUAUCAUACGGCCCUGUUUAAUGUACAGACUACAAUUGUAGCAGCGGAGACUGAGUGGAAAGUCAUUUGCAGUUGAUCCAUUCCGAACGAGCGCGCGAGCGUGCCAUUCCGCACUUGAUGCAUAAUUUUAAGUCAACUAAGUGAUGUGAACUGAACCAGCCAUGGAUCGAGUCACUCUUUUUGUAAUUGAACUUCUAAGUUUACUUGUGGUCGCUUCGGCUGGCAACGGGAACUUUUCAACACAAAACGGCAGCAGCAAUGCAAUUGCUGAGGCGACAGGGCAGAACCAAGAUAAACAGUCGUCUGUAGCCUGUCAACAUACCGCUUUAUGCUGCAGACUGGGUAGAAAAGCCGUCCGUUUGUCCUACACGGCUUCAGUAUACACGUGCAAGAUCGAAGCCCUGUCGCAAGGAUUAAAAUACCACACAUCCGCAAGCCAUCGGCUAUCGAUUAAGUCCAGCGAUGGGCAGACGGACAGAAUGGAUGCUGCCAAUUCGCUUCGUAUGUCGUACGGAUUUCGCUGGAGGCUGAAGUUAUGCGAGUCUCAGGGCACGGAGCAAAAGCGAUGCUUUCAAGAUUGCUGCGAGAGGAAACAACGUGAGGAGCAGGCACGGGCAAAAACAACAGCCCAGAGGAGAAAGCAAACUCCGUGAGCAAAGUAAAAGAAAAAACAUCCCAGGUCUAUGGCUUAUGAUCAACACUAGAUAACAUAAAAGCGUAUUUUGUAAAUAUAUUUUAAAGACGUUAAAAAUAGAUAGUUACGCAAGAACCAUCAGAAUCUUGCAAAAAGGCAUUUUAAAAUGGUGUUGCGACUGGCCCAUUACAGUGCCGAUUCGAGGCCGGUGUUUACCAUGCAAUAGUGAGAGUAAUUUUCAAAGUAGUUUAUUCAAAAAGUAAUCAGAAUGACAUAGUAUUUAAGGUAUUUGUAAUUCAAAUGCCACGAGGCUUCCAUCGAUCAACUUUUUUUGUUCAGAGGAAUGUCUGGCAUCUUAGUAUUGCCUGUCUUCACAGACUGACAUUUGCUCUCGAAAACAAAAAAAUGGUAUAAUUUUUCUAAAAAAAGAUUUUGGAAAUGUAUAUCGCUAUAUAGCGGCGGUAGAAAAACGUCAUAAGUACAGGAAAACUCUCAUUUCCCUGCAAAUGAGUUCAGUAGAAUUUACAAGCCACUUGAAAGAAACUGAAACUUUAGCUCUUUCCCGGAGGCAAUAAGCUCUUCACAAAGCGAACAAAAUAAUUGUUGCUAAUUUGAAUAGUCCUCCUGUCAAUUUUUGCAGGAUAAUGAUAGCAAAAACACUUAAUAACAUGUAGCUAGGUUUGUACUGCGAGCUGUCAGUAUCGCACAACUUUGUGAAUGAUGAGUGAAAUAAAUGUAUCAGCAGCAAUGAAACACGUGAA